GCCUCCCCGUGUUUAAGGUAGUCUGAGUGGAGAAAGUAAAGAAGAUGGAAGGAGCCGAUGUUGUUGAAUUAUUGAGGAGAUUCAUAGAGAAGUGAAGUGAUAGCUGUCUCCUCGUCCUGUCGGAACCAUAGAAGACAGCGAUACCGAGGAACUGAAAGAUAGCAUGCCAGUAGAGGCGACUCCACUGCAGAUGAGGGAACAUGUUGGCUAUGGACCAAGGAGUGGUGGAGGAAUGGCUGUCAGAAUUUAAGACCCUUCCUGACAGCGCCGUGUCCACCUACGCUGCCUCACUGAAAGAGAAAGGUUCCCUGGUACCAGCAAUCUACAAGGUCAUCCGAGAAAACUACAGUGACUUGCUGGAGCCAGUCUGUCACCAGUUAUUUGAAUUUUACAGGAGUGGUGAGCCACAGCUGCAGCGUUUCACGCUACAGUUCCUGCCAGAGCUCCUGUGGAGCCUCCUGUCCGUCAGUGCAGCCAGAGAUCCCCACAAUUCUGGCUGCAUCGAGGCCCUACUGCUGGGAAUUUACAACCUGGAAAUAGUUGAUAAAGAUGGACAGAGUAAAGUGUUGUCCUUUACAGUCCCUUCGCUCUCCAAACCGUCAGUGUACCACGAGCCCUCAGCCAUCGGCUCCAUCGCUCUAACAGAAGGGGCUCUAGCCAAUCACGGGCUGAGCAGAGUAGUGUACAGUGGGCCACACCUGCAGAGAGAGACCUUCACAGCACAGAACAGAUUUGAGGUGCUGACCUUCCUGCUACUGUGCUACAACGGUGCCCUGAGCUACAUGACGUGCAACUCCCUCCAGUCCCUCUGCCAGUUCAGCUCCAGGGUUUGUAUAUGUGGUUAUCCAAGGCAACAGAUGCGACGAUACAAAGGUAUUAGCACACGGCUGACGGUCACGUCGGAGUUCCUCGUUCAGCUCAUCACAGGGAUACACUAUGCCUUGUGUAAUGGGGAAGUUGAACUGGGAUCCAAAGCACUGGAUGACGUUUUGUAUCGAGCCCAGCUAGAGUUGUUCCCUGAGGCUCUACUGGUGGGCAAUGCCAUCAGGUCAUCGCUGCAUGGUGCGGCACUGAAGAGCAACAACAAGGAGGGUGCACGGAGUAUCCAGGUGGAGAUUACACCGACCUCCUCCAGGAUCUCCCGAAAUGCCGUCACCUCCCUCUCUAUCAGGGGACACCGCUGGAAGAGACACGAUGCUGUGGAUCUGGGUUCCCCAGAUGAGCUGAUGGACAUUUCAGAGGUGGAUGAAGGGGUGUGGCCAGGUGUGGUUGGGCCUGACAUGACCCCACCCACGAUCACUAUCAGCAACAGCAUCACCACGUUGAACCUGGGGGCCAAGGCCAUGAAGAAGUGUCGUCUUGGCGGGCGCAACAGCAAAGACAAGGAGACGAGCCCUCUAACAACUGGCCGGGCUGCCAGUGAGAACACCGAGCACGCUGUCAAGAGACUGACUCUCACCUCCAGCCAGUCGGUGCCUAAGGCAGGAGCUCUCACCAGCCUAACACGCACCGCCAGCGCCGUCUUCUCCCGCUCCUUUGAGCAUGUGGCUGGCAGUAAUGCGCCUCCCUCCACCAACCACAACACCUGCGAAGCUGCUCUCUACUCGUGCAGCCUCCAGGAGGAAGGGUACCUGAGCCCCGCGCCAAACCACACGCAGCGCUCUCCCAGCAUCAGCGUGCACCUCGGCUCUGACCUUUGAACCCUUUGAUACUCCUUACUACAUGAACCCUCACCUGUGACCCUUUACCUGUGACCUGGAACUCCAAGCCAUGCCAAUUGCAGAAGAACAACAAUGAUAUGAACAAACACUCUUGUCUGUUUCCUCUGUCGCUCCAUUUAUGACGUGUUUGAUGGUGUGUGGCGUAAACCAGUCUGCUGUUCUGCUCCAUCCAGAGAGCAUCAGCUACUCUUCUCUUCUUCAGCACAGUCAGCUCCUCUGCGUCUGAUGGAGGCAGCAUGUCAGUGAUACCUCUUCCAGCUUCACAGAUUAUUAUUAUUUUUUUUUUAAAAGUAGUGUACUGUUGCUGUGGAGUUGUACCAGUACAGUCUUGUACUAUCUUGCAGAGCAGCCUGUUGUUAAAUGGGUAAACUCAUGACUAAAAUCUGUGUGGGAAAGUAUUUUCAUAAUGUAUUUGAUUCUGCAUUUGUUGCCCUGCAUGGCUUUUCAUUAUGCCCAUUGUGACUUUGCCCUGGUUUGUGGAAGGGCUCGUUUGUGAGUGUGUGAACGUCUGCUUGAGGGUGUGUACUGUACAGUCUGUUUUUAUAUAUAUAUAUAUAUAUAUGUAUAUGUAUGUAUGUAUAUAUAUAUGUAUAUAUAUAUAUGUAUAUAUGUAUAUAUAUGUAUAUGUAUAUAUGUAUAUAUAUAUGUAUAUGUAUAUAUAUGUAUAUGUAUAUAUAUAUAUAUAUAUAUAUAUACUGUAUGUUUUUAGAAUAAAGGCUGCUGCUGAUUGAUACAGUGAAUAGGGUAUGAUUCCCAUAUCUGAAACAAGUGUUUCUAAUACUUUAAAAAAAAAAUCAAGAUCUUUUCAUAGCAAUACAAUGAGCUCCCAUACUCCCUGUGUUCACUUUUCUAAUUGUCAACAGUUACAGCUACAGUAUGCUUCUUAAAAGUGAUCACUAAAUAAUCACGAGUGUGAUAAGAAUCAUUUUUUAUGUUUACAGUUGCACAGUAUUGUCAUUAUGGAGAAGCAAUAUGUGUGUCGUUCACUCGUUCUCGCACCUUCCCGAUUUGCUGUGCAUUUGAUGGCAGAAAUAAAAAUCCAACUUCUGAUUUACUUAAAAGGAGAUUUUGGGGUUUUGGGGACAAUGAGCAAGUGUGACUUGUUAAGUAUUGACUUUUGCACUUGAAAGAGUGUUUUUAACUUGGGUAUUUUCUUAUGAUGUACAAGAGGUUUGACUCUUAAAAUUGUGGUGUUUCCCUGUUUUUGUCUGUGUGUGAGAGAAAUGCGUUGUUGCUCCGUUCACAUCUGUCUACUUAUUCAGAAAUAUUAAAACCAAAUACUGACUUAAACUCAACCUGCCUGUUUUGAGUGAACCGUGAACUGUAAACAUACCCUUUCCUGAGCUGACAUGAGAAGGCUUUCAAGGCAGCACAGCAUUUUCCCUCUUCUCAGAUUUACCCACCAUUCCAGAUGUUUGUAGUACUUUUGGUGGUAUGUUUCCAGUGUCACUCCAUGUUGUUCAGCACAUCAUAAGAUGUGGUGAUAUUGUCUUGUACCAAAAUGGUUUAAAUUCCCAUCCGUCUGCUACAUUCUGUUGUCUUGAAUCAGGCACCUGUGCUGCCCCACCUAAAGUGUAUUCUGUUGGCUUUGUGCUCCAGCUGUCAAAGUGUCCAUAGCUUGGUGGGACAAUAACAAUCAUCAUGUUUCUCUAUGUGGGUUUCUAAAAUGUGAAUGGGUAAGCUCUUGUUCUUAAGUAUGUUUGUAUUGGCCUUUCAUUUGUCUGAAGAUAAACUCACCACUAUAACUUCUGGGAAUAAAGUGUUUCUAUAUUUCA